GGAACAUCUUGUUUUUAUCAGUUUGCUCUAGCAAUCAUACACCCCGUUGUUCUCCUUUCACACCAUGCCUUCAACUCGAGACGGCUACCUCUGGACUCCGUCCGGGGAGACGGUCGGUCUAAGUACAAAGGCAGUCGUCGAAUCUACUCCGGAAUCUUCCAUCACAAAAACAUACGACGUGAUCGUAAUAGGAAGCGGCUUCGCCGGCCUCAUUGCCGCGCGCAACCUCAGCCGUGACUCUGGCGCUCGAGUUCUCCUCUUGGAAGGUCGAGAUCGUAUCGGAGGGAGGACAUGGACAGCCAAUGCGCUAGGAGAGGACUUUGAGAUGGGCGGGACAUGGACGUCUUCAGGAACAGCUGCCGCGGAAAACACAUUCUACACACCACAAGAUUCGAAGCUUGGGCUGGUCGAUACCCUCGAAACCAACACAGCGGUUCAAAACGUCGCGGAUGCCUUCUUCUCAGUCGAUGGUCUGUCCAGUCGCGAGUUGAUGCCUUAUCCCCAUGACCCAUUCCGUCUUCCUGCGCUCUGGAUUAAGUACGAUCACCUCUCCGCCAAAGACCGUCUGGAUCAGCUCGACGUUAGCCAACGUGACAAGGACCUCUUCGACGCUAUGAUCAGCUCCUUCGGCGCCGUCCCCGGCAGCGAGUGCGGUUUCACUGAAGUUCUGCGGUGGUAUGCUCUGGGAGGCCACUCUAUGGCUGGGACCUUCGAGCUUGCUGGCAUGUAUAAGCUUGGCGGAGGAGGCAUGACCUCGCUAGCACGGGCGAUUCUAGCAGACUACCGCGGGCAUGUACUCUUCAACUCGGUGAUUGAAAAGGUAGAGCAGAAGGGAUCGACUGUUGUGGUGUUCAAGAAGCAUGGACAUCGGUUCGAGGCGAAGUAUUGUAUCUCAACUAUUCCCUUGAACUGUCUGUCAGACGUAACCUUCUCCCCGCCGCUCUCACCACUCAGAAUGGAAGCCAUUCGGGCAGGUCACAUCAACAAGGGAAGCAAGGUUCAUUUCCGACUUGCAAGACCUGAACCCGGAUGGUUCUCCAUGGCGAAUGGAUACGGGACUUCACCGUGGUGCUUUGCGUUCUCAGACCACAACGGCACCACUGACCAAGCAGACUCUGGCAACUUUUGCAUCGGAUUUGGCUAUGGUUCGCAUCACAUCGAUCCGAAGGCGUCUACUGAGAUUACUGCAACUUUCCAAAAUAGCAUUAAACCUGAAGCUGAGAUAACAGCCUACCUCACCCACGACUGGGCCAACGAUAGCCUCGCCAAAGGCACUUGGAGUUGCUGGGGACCCAACUCAAUGACCAAGUGGCUCGAGCAGCUCCAAAGACCAGAAGGCCGAGUUCAUUUCGCGAGCGCCGAUUGGGCUGAUGGAUGGCGAGGGUUCAUUGACGGGGCAAUUGAGAGAGGGACUACCGUAGGACGAGAGAUUGAGGUGUUGCUCGCGAAAGACAAUGUCAUCGCUAAGCUGUAGAACCUAUGUUUACCCAUUAAGUGUGUCAUAUUGACUCUCAAGCUAAGCUUUGCCAAGCAAUGGAACACCCACAGACAGCUUUGAAUAGCAGCGUGAGGGCUUUUACAGGUUGAAAAGUCACAUCCUCAAGGACUAAGAGCCUU